AUGAGGAGCACGAUACUAAAUACAGUGAAAUGUUACUCAACAUCAGCUGCAACCACCACGACCACCUCCACACCAAUAUCAUCAACCCUAAUAUUAUCACGUCUACCAAUAAUAACUCAAGAUUUAACACCAUUCCAAACAAAAUUUUAUAAAUAUCAAUCAGAAUUAUGGAGAAGAUUAAUGUGGACAUUUCCAAAAUGGUUUUAUUUUAAAACUGGUACAAUGGGAGAAUUAAGAUAUAGACAAUUGAAUAAAAAUUCAGUAAGUUAUGAUCCAAAAAUAUUAUAUCCACUGGGAAAACCAGAUUUAAAACAUUUAAGAGAUAGAAGAUUUAGACAAUAUAUAAAAGUUCCUAAAACAUAUAAAGAAGAAGAUGAAAUGGUGGGACAAGAUCAAUCAAAUAUAAAAGAAAAUGAAAUAAGUAGGAAAAUAGUUCCAAAUUCAAGAAUCACUGAAGCUGAUAAAUUAAAUGAUUUAAAAUCAUUAGAAAGAAAAUUAAAUAGAACAUUAUAUUUAAUUAUUAAAAAUAAAUCAGAAAAUCAAUGGAAAUUACCAAAUUUCAAUCAAGAAGAAUCAUCAACUAGUUUACUACCUUUACAUGAAUUAGCUGAAAAAGGUUUAUAUAAAAUAGGUGGUAAAAAAAUUAAUUAUUUUAAUGUAUCAAAAACUCCAUGUCAUCAUAAUUCAAAUAAAGAAUAUUUUAUAAAAUCUCAUAUUCUUUCGGGAGCUUUUGAACCACAAGAUUCUAAAAUUGAAUAUCAAUGGGUAACUAAAGAUGAAUUAAAAGAUAUAUUAUCAAAAGAUUAUUAUUCAAAUAUACUGCAUUUAUUAAGUGAUGUGUAA